AUGCUAAUUGGUGAUAGUUGUUGUGGUAAAACGUGUUUGUUGAUACGGUUCAAUGAUGGCAGAUUUUUGGACAAUAAUUUUAUCUCGACAGUUGGCAUUGAUUAUCGGAACAAAAUGAUUGAAAUUGACGACAGUAAAGUUAAACUACAGAUUUGGGAUACUGCUGGUCAAGAACGAUUUCGGUCUAUAACAAGUGCAUAUUAUCGAGACGCAGAUGCAUUACUACUGAUUUAUGAUGUUACAAACCGAGAAAGCUUUGUACAUGUUCGGGACUGGUUGGCUCGAAUUCAGGAAUAUGCCAAGAAAACUGCGCUUAUAACUUUGGUUGGGAAUAAGAUUGACCUGCAUAAUGAACGUAAAGUAAAAUACGAGGAAGCAAAACAUUUAGCUGAAAGUUACAAUAUACCAUUUAUCGAGACUAGCGCCAAGACCGGUCAUAACGUUCAGGAAACCUUUCACGAAGUUUCUAAGUUUGUUUUUACUAUAUUAUGUAAUGCUCAAAAAAGAAAACCACUUUUGCUGUUUAGUUAA